CCGGUCCCUCCUCCGGUCCCUCCUCCGCCCCCUCCUCCGCCCCUCCCGGCCCCUCCGCCGCCCGCUCCGGCCUCCGCCCGCCCGCUCCGCGACGCCCCGCGGCCAGGGGCGGGCGGCGGCGGUGGCGCCUCGUCCCCAUCCCGCAGCGGAGGAGGCGGCGGCGCUGACGCAGCAGCAGCGCGGAGCUCGGGACUCGCGGCGCUCCCGCCGCUGGAUUUCUCCCCCCCGGGGCCUGCGGCAGCCUCCCGGAUUGGACAUUGAUCCUAUGACGCAUGCCCGGAAAAAACAACUUUUCCUUCUGAAACAUCCAGCUGGUUCUGCUGGCCAGGCCUCGUCGCCAACAGGCAGCAGGAGGAUGGACAGGGCCAGCGCAGAGCAGCGGGACGGAGAUGCCUCGGAGGCUCCAAACUGUCCCAGUGGGUUUGUAGGGAAUAACAAAAGCAAGAGUUUGCGUGAAGUGCGAAAGACGUACCCGCUGCGGAGGCGGCUGCUCCCCUCGGUGAGCAAAAAGACCUGCAAGGUCCUCCUCACCAGGCUGGAGGAUGUCGCUGGCUCUCUGUCCAAACAGACCCCGAGCUGUAAAAAAAAGCACCUUCCCAGCUGGGUUGAGGGUUUGGGAUCUGCUUUGUUCUCAGAACAAGUUCAGCCUGUGGGAGCGGGCAAGAGUGAGUCAUCCGGGGAGAAGGGCACAGUAACUUAUCCCGGGCCGGAGCAGGACUUUGAUCCUGCUCCCUCGGAGCCCAGGAAGCGCCGGCUGGCCUCGCUGAACGCCGAGGCGGUGAACAACCUGCUGUUCGAACGGGACGAUGGCUUGUUAUCCAGCAGGCGCUUCCGCAGGGACUCUGGGAAGGCUGCUGGGGACUGCACCCUCAAAGGCUUGCAGUGCAAAGCUGGUGACAACUGGCCUGCCCUGGAAAAACCGGCUAUGAAAACAGGGAAAGGAAAGAACCGGCAUGAGCCCAGUCAGAAAUGCAAUAGCUGUGAGCAUUCGCUGGAUGAGGUCUUUGAUGAUGGUGCAAAGAGGGAGGAUGAUGCCAUCUCCUACCAUCCCACCCCAAAGAGACUGGCCAGCCUGAAUGCCGUGGCCUUCCUGAAGCUGACCCAUGAGAAAGACCAACCCCUGAAACAGAGGAGUAAAUCGGAUGGAGAGGGCAAGUCUGAGAACCACUGUUCGAAAUCUACACUCAAAUGGGCCAAAGCCGGACGGAAGAACUGUGUCAAAUCCAAGAAAGAAGUGGCUAGCUUAAAAAUGGAUGGGCAGCACGGCUGGCAAGGCCAGACCCUGGGCACAUUUGGGAAAGGGGAGCAGCGGGACUCUUCCAGGCUCUACAGGACGACAGACCCCGUCCCAUACGAGUCGCUGUCUGGCUCCUACGCCAGCACGGAGGGCUUCUACCACAGACUGCCUUUGCUCAUGGGAGGACAAGCUUCCAUGAAGCCGGAGUAUGGAAGACCUGGAGAGAAAUCCCCAACCCCCAAACAGGAAUUUCAUCAGCCUUCCUUUCCCGUGCAGCAGUUCCCUCCCUUGCCUGUGCCCGGGAAUCACGCGGAUUGUGGAUGUCUCUAUGAAUCCUCAGAUCUGACUCCGUUGAACGGGUUUUAUGUUUAUUAUGGCCAAAGUGGAUACAGUGGCUAUUCCCCCUGCUCCGUUUAUCCCAAGGACGAGCUGUCGCAGGCUGCAACCUGCGAGGGGCUCCUGGUAUCUUCCGGUUCCUUGCCAUCAGGUGCUCAUUUCCAGCCCCUGCACUGGUGCAGCUCUCCGUACUGCUGCGGGGAGGGAGCAGCCGUGAGCAGCUACAGCGUCUGCGGCGUGGUGCAUGUGCCGGAGGGCAGGAUCAGCAGCGUGCAUGCAGGACGGAGCAGCUACCCCUACAAAAUGCCUUUUGCAGCAGAAGGCUGCAAGUCUCUGGACCAGCUGAACCUCACAAUCCCGGUGGCAGGACACCCCGCGUCGCCUGCCCACCCGCUCUCAGGAUGUCCUGUGCCCAGCGUGCCGCCGGCUGCAGAGCCCGUUCCUCACCUGCAGACCCCCAACUCUGACCCUCAGACCAUGGCCCGGGAAUGUCCUCAGAGCUCCAAGCCUCCCAGCGGCUCCAAGUCCGGGCUGCGGAAUACUCCGGGCUGCCUGCACGCCUCCAACAGCAAAGCGGCGGGGGGCCAUUCCCACCCCAAGCAGCAGCGGAUCAGCCGGCGCAGAGCCACCAACGGCUGGAUCCCCGUGGGCACGGCCUGCGAGAAGGCUGUCUAUGUUGUGAACGAGCCGGAGCCGGCCGUGCGCAAGAGCUACCAGGCUGUGGAGAGGGAUGGGGAGAUCAUCCGGGUGCGGGACACCGUGCUCCUCAAAUCGGGGCCCCGCAAGAAAUCCAUGCCCUACGUCGCCAAGAUCUCUGCACUCUGGGAAGACCCCAAGACAGGGGAGCUGAUGAUGAGCCUCCUGUGGUAUUACAGACCAGAACACACUCAGGGAGGCCGCAACCCCAGCAUGCACCAGAAUGAGAUCUUUGCGUCGCGGCACCAGGAUGAGAACAGUGUUGCCUGCAUCGAGGAGAAGUGCUACGUGCUGACCUUCGCAGAGUACUGCAGCAGCUGCAGUUGUGGCUCCCAGCAGGACACAGGCAGCAGGAGAGGGAAUGAGUUCAUGGUCCCCAGCACAGGAAGGACACGGACCUGUUGGAAUUUUGUGCCUUGGCAAAGCGUCGAGUCGAAGGGAUCCCGGGCAGGAAAACCAUCAUGGUUCCUCCCUCGGAGGAGUAUUCCACCCCUCUGCACCGCAAGGUGCCCGAGGACACGGACCCCGAUCUGGUUUUCCUCUGUCGUCACGUCUACGACUUCAGGCACGGGCGCAUCCUGAAGAACCCGCAGUAGCACAGCCCUUGGGUCGGAGCGCGGCGGGAGCGGGCGGCGCCGGAGCGCCCGUGGCCUGGGACACCUGUGCACUCUCAUCCACCUCGUGCUGCUGCAGGUGGGAGCGCCCAGCGCUCCGUCCUGGGACUCGGGAGCGUGCGAGGAGCGGAGCCCAUGGAGGGGGAGGCAGCAGUUGAAAGCACAGCACUUCAUUAAAAGCAUAAAUGAAAAUAUAUACGUAAAAAAAAUAAAUAUAUGUAUAUAGA